GUAAACAUUCUUUUUUUUUUCUCAUAUUUCAGAAGUGCCUCAAAUUUCUCAUUUCCUCUUUUUAUUUCAUCCUUUUUUAUCUAUUCAUGCUGUAUAUUUGUCUCACAGUAUGGUGGUGAAACGUCAUGAGAAGGAACUGAAUUCAGUCAAAGAGAGUUUGACGGAGAUGAACACAUUUUACAAAUUGAGCCUCAGAAAAGCAGGUUUGGCUGCAAUGGAACAGUUUUAUAAAGAGAAACUCCAAGAAGAAAGGUAAACACAUUUCAAUGCAUAAAAGACUUAAAAAUGUUUCAAAUCCACAUCCAGGCUGUGGUGACAGUCAACUUUUAUUGUUUUAUUUAUGAUUUUAUUAACAGAAGCAUGUGUUUCUUCAGUCACAGUGACUUUCAUAAUAUUUGGCACAGAGAUACAUUAACGUAAUACCUUAAUGUUAGAGCACGACAAUGUGUCAGACACAGCGAUGAUAUUUAUAUCUAUUCAUGUUCAUAACUUAUUAUUAAAUGUGUUACCUGUAUGACUGCUUGCUGUCUUUAAUUUUGAUUUCUCCAGUUUUCCUCUUUAAGGAACUCCUCUGUUGGUGUGGCUGUAUGCUUGUGAACACUGAUAUUCCAAACAGUUAGUUUGGUGGAUUUAUUCCAAUUUUUAGAUUCAAAAUAGCUUCUUUGGCAACUAAGGAAUUCAAAAGUCAUGACAAAUUAUUAAUUCAUAGUUUUCAGAUGAUACACGAAAUUGGAACCACCUGGGGAACCAAAAAUACCCAAUACGGCAAUCGUGGCUCAAGAGUUGGGUGUUCGUCUUGUAAUAGGAAGGUUGCCGGCUCGAGCCCCGGCUCGGACAGUCUCAGUCGUUGUGUCCUUGGGCAAGACACUUCACCUACUGCCUGCUGGUUAUCAUUAAUUAUAUAUCUAAUAGUGGCAGGAGAGGUUGACAUUGCACUACAGGCUGGGAACUCUGAAAACAUGAACAACCCAGUGAAUGAAACCAGACUGAAAGAGAUGUAUAAAGAGCUGAGGAAGGACUGGACUAGAAUCAAGCCUUAUCAGCAGAAAGCUCACAGCACCCCAGAGAGAAUCAAAGCCUGGAUUCAGCGCAGCUUUCUGUGUGGGGCAGGGGAUAUGGAACAGAAGAAGAAACUGAUAGAGUUAGCGUUUACCCUAAAUGCAGACCACGCUCGAGCAUCUAAUAAGGUUCAUGAAUACACAAAGCUAACCCUUCACAACCUUCAGCUUGCUUUUUACUACAGUUUCAUAGACACUGCUGCUCAGGGGUUCCACGGACAGGAAGGUGAAAUUCAUGAUGCUAGCUUGAAUAACCUCCUCUCGAAGUGCCGCUGGCUGAGCGGUUUAUUGGCUUUGAACAACCCCCCUCUUCUGCCUGACUGGAUAAAUCAUCAUCCCGGGCAAGAUGUUUGGAACAUUUUCCCACAAGAGAUCACAGCUGAUUCUGCCAUGUCACUCUGCCAGGGCCACUCUGCAAAUGUCCUUAAAUGUCUUAGCCCAUUACAGGGCCCAGACAUGAACGAGAGUGAAGACCACUAGAACGAUCUUUGUAGAAGUAAGAGAACUCCAACGUAGCAGCUUCCCUCCCGCCUCUGCAUUUAAUGCAUACACUGAGUUUUUCUGUGUGUAGCUUCUUUUAACAAUAAAUCACAGUGAACAAGUAUC